AUGGACUAUUACGGUUAAAAUCAAUAUUCCUUUAAUGCAUAUUAAGUUGGAAACGAAAUGUCAUAUAAAUAGAAAUUGGAUUAAAAUGUGCUAAUUUUACCUUCAGAUUUAGUUUUAGUUGAUGGAAAUAGAUCUAUGAGAUUAAGAUAAUAAAGGACAAAAGAAAUGACAUGUCCAAUCUUUCUAAGGUAUCAAGAAUAGUUAUCUUAAAAAAACUAUAAUAUAAAAUGCUAUUAUCCGAAAUACGAUAAAUCUUCAAAACAAAGAGAAAACAUAAACUACGGUUUAGAAUCUUAUGAAAAAUAUCGAAAUGCAUUUGAAGCUAAAUCUCUAGUGGAAGAAACUGUUGGAAAAUUCGGUACAUAUGACGGGAGUGGUCUCUAAGGAAUAUUAAAUAUACUAAUUUAAGUCUUUCUUUAUUUAGGAGUUACCUGCGGAUGUAAAUUAGAAGGAGCUAUUUAAAUUUCAGGGUUAGCUUUAGUAUUUUAUACUAUAUGGGGAUAACAUUUAAAACAAGCUCAAUCUUAUAUUUAAUCCUUUUUUUCAAUUUUUUUACUUAUUAUUGGAACUUUUGAUUAUUCGAAAUAACAUUUUGAUAUUUCUAAUAUUAUUUUUUAGGCCAUUAUUUUAUUUAUGGUUAGUUUCUUUAUAAUUAAUAUUAUUACUGUCAUUUAUAUUGACGAGUUUAGAUAAAUAUAACUAUUUUAUGGAAACAAAGAAAAUUUAAAAUUUACAUUUUUAUAAAAAGUUAAUUGGUUUUUGUCCUUUUUACCUGAUGAAGCUUUGAAAUAUUUAAAGAUUAUUAAAUGA